AUGUUACGACCGAUGAGAUUAGGAUUUUUGGCUAUCUUGUCGCUGUUCUUGGUACUUACCCAUCUUCCCAGCGCAAAUACAUCGCCCUUGGAGCCGAAAUUGUCCGAGCGAGACCCGAAUGCCGACCUUGGACUGCAUCUUGGUCAAAUUGACUCUGGAAAACUGGGAGCUGUUGCUAGCGAAAGUUCGAUUUGCUCCCGUCAUGGGUCGGAUAUCUUGAAGAAGGGUGGAAACGCCGCUGAUGCUUUGAUUGCAACUCAAUUCUGUAUUGGCGUCGUUGGAAUGUAUCACAGCGGAAUUGGCGGCGGUGGUUUCAUGCUUGUGAGAUCAGCGAAUGGCAGCUACGAGUUCAUUGAUUUCCGCGAGACGGCUCCAGCUGCAGCUUUCGAGGAUAUGUACAAGAACAACGAGGAUGCUUCCAUUUAUGGCGGACUGGCAAGUGGCGUACCGGGCGAAGUGCGAGGUCUGGAGCACCUGCAUAAAAAAUAUGGCUCUCUUCCAUGGGCAACUCUCAUUGAGCCGGCUAUCCGCACCGCUCAUGACGGCUUCCCAGUGACAGAAGAUCUGGUUAAAUAUAUGAAACAGGCCGUUGGCGACGGAGAAGACUUCCUUUCCAAGAACCCUACAUGGGCAAUUGACUUUGCUCCGAACGGAACUCGUCUCGGGUUGGGAGAUACCAUCACUCGACGCCGGUACGCGGACACUCUGGCGGCGAUUGCAAAGCAUGGCGCGGAAGCGUUCUACUCGGGACCAAUUGCAGAGACCAUGAUCAAUGCGUUGCAGGCCGAGAAUGGUACAAUGACCCUCCGGGAUCUUAGCAACUACACGGUGGCUAUUCGGGAUAUUUCGCAGAUUGACUAUCGCGGCUACAAGGUUACGAGCACGUCCGCCCCUUCCAGUGGAGUUGUCGCUAUGAGUAUCUUGAAGAUUCUUGCGACAUAUAAGGGAUUCUUUUCGACCAAGGAAUCCGUGAACUUGAGUACACACAGGAUGGACGAAGCCAUGCGAUUUGGAUAUGGUCAGAGAUCCAAUUUGGGAGAUCCCAUGUUCGUUGAUGGCGUGGCCGAGUAUGAGAAGCAAAUGUUGGAGCAGGCUACUAUUGAUGAGAUUCGGUCCAAGAUUUCCGAUGCGCGGACUCAGAAUGUAUCUGCCUAUGAUCCGGCUGGACUGGAGAGUCUAGACACCCCUGGCACUUCUCAUAUUGCCGCAGCCGAUCACACAGGCCUUGCUAUCUCAGUUAUCACUACGAUCAACCUGUUGUUCGGUAGCCAGGUCAUGGUCCCAGAGACUGGUAUCAUCAUGAACAACGAGAUGAACGAUUUCUCCAUCCCCGGUUCGUCAAACUCAUUCGGAUACAUUCCCUCUGUCGCCAACUACGUUCGGCCAGGAAAACGGCCUCUAUCCUCCAUCACGCCCGCCAUAGUGGAACGUCCCGACGGAAAACUCUUCCUCCUUGCAGGUUCCGCUGGAGGCAGUCGUAUCAUCACCGCCACCGUCCAGAACAUCAUCCAUUCCCUUGACCAGGGCUUCUCGGCUGCCAAGGCUUUGGCUGAACCCCGUUUACAUGACCAGCUGGUACCGAACCAGGUCACUUUCGAGUAUGCUUUUGACAAUGCGACGGUUGCCUCUAUGAAGGCACGCGGCCACAAUGUUACAUGGAUCGCUCCAGGACAGAGCACUGCGCAUCUCAUUCGGAUCUUGCCCAAUGGGACAUUUGACGCUGCUGGUGAGCCGAGACAGGCCAAUUCGGCUGGAUAUUCUGUAUAG